AUGUCGUCGUUCGAGCGCCUGCUCGGGACGGUGCUCCGCCUCUACCAAGACGUCCACGACCAGGCAAAGACAGACCAGAUCCUCGGCACCACCACGACGCUCCUGACGCAUCUCUCGAACCCCCUCAACCUCUCUCUCCUCACCUCGCACUUCCUCACGGCACCAGCAAUAUGGAACCGGCCCGAUCCGGGUCUGCGCACCUGUCUGCGCCUGAUCAGCAUCUUCAACACGGCCGCGAUUCACGUGCGCCGCAACGAGCUGGACGCGGCAAACCAGCCCCGAACUACUGCGUCCGCCGCCCCCGUCGGUGGAAACGUGAGUGGUAGUGGCCUGUCUAGUGAGGCAUGGGCCAGAGCUGUGGUCAAAGGCGCCGACGAUCGUUCCGCUCGAUGGCAACAUCUCUUGAUUCUCACGGGCAUGCUCAUGGGCCUCGAGGGCGAGGAACGCCGAUCGCUUUCCCAGGGGAUGCGACACACACUCGAGGAGGCAGUGGUCACGGCGGCAAAUCUCGCGCUCAAAUCGCAGGGGAGAGAUGGUCCCCAGGCUUCUGGGGCCGUGGUGCUGGCCCUCAACUAUGCGUUUCCGCUGUUGUCGGAGCAUUCCCAGAGUCUGAUCGACUGCGAUUUGCUGUUGCCGGUAGCAGUCGCAUCAAUGAUAGGCCCUGAUGGCUUUCAUAAUGGCAUCUUUCUGGGACACAUCAACACGGAUAUCAGGCAUGCCAAUCAACAAAUCCAUUGGCAUAGUUCAUCGCCGUCGUUCCAGGCGCUGAAGCAGCUCUCAUCCAAUCCCUUAGUUGCGGGCGCAGGUCCCUUGUCAAGGCUAGUCGCAUUUGCGAUCGAGCGAGCCCACGACCCCAAAAUUGUCCUCGCUGCUCAGGAAGCGCUCCUCACCUUUGCUCGUACCCUCGAACACCAGUGGAAUGUCAGCGGGAACCUUGCGACUCUAGAGAUAUCUCUACAAAGCACCGCUCUAGGCCCCGAGACUGCGGCAAGCACUUGGCCAGUGCUGUGGCAGUUGUUGAAGAAGAUACUCUACUCGACAGUCAUGGUCCUGCAGGCUGUCGUUACCCGGUCGUUGCUCGACCCUCGUCUACGCAGUGCUGUGACUGAGACAUCUCUGGCUACGAAAUCUCUUCACAUAUUCCGACACUUGUACUUCAUAUCCUCCAACCACGGCGCGAAUGCGUUCCAGGUCUACACUUUUACGUAUCUGGCCUCGAUCGACACUCUUGUGCGCUAUCCGGAGGCUUCUGCUGCUUUCCUGCGAGAGAUCAUGCCGCACAUCACGGGGCCCGGCACCGGUAAUCCGGUUCGCCUGACGUCUGAACUAUUCUACCUCAAUCUCGCCGAGCACUUCUCGCUGGUGCUAUCGCCCGAGGUAUGCGACGCUCUGAUAGUGCAGCCGGCUAUGUUGUACUUGUCUCCCUCCGAGACUACACAUCCUUCUAUCGCCAUGUCGCCGCGAAUGAUCGAUCUGUUCGAAGCUGCUCAUAGCGCCGUCCUGUCAGUAAUGUCGUGCCCUCAGAAUGCUGCCAUCACCACGAGGCUGGCGCCCUUCUAUGCCGAAGCACUGUUCUCGUCUUUCCCGUCGCAUAUAUCGCCGAGACAGUUCCGUGUGGCCUUCAAGACGAUGAUGCAGAUCUUGUCACCGCCGUUCCCCAUCUCGGCGACUGACCCAGAGCUGGCGGAGACCCUCUUGGAGAUGGUCCGUAUCAAGGCUAUGGCAGCUGCCACGGCGCCUCUGCCUCCGACGGCUGAUGAGGAAGCUCAGCAGGCGCUCGGGCAUGUGCCAGCGCCGACAUCCGAGCAGAGCGCGCUGGUCCUGACCAUGAUCGACGCGCUGCCUUUCCUGGCGCUGGAUAUCGUGGAGGAGUGGAUGACGGUGACGGCCGAGACGGUGUGGCAGAUUGCAGACCCUGCCAUGAGGGAGGCAGCCAAGAAGAGAUUCUGGGACAUAUUGGUCAGCGGCGAGAUGGACGUGGAGAGAGCGGCAAUCGGGGUUGCGUGGUGGGGGACCAAGGGAGGAGGAGCGCUGGUUCUCCACGGCCCGGCGUCUGGCACAGCGCAUGCUCAAGACCGCUUUCUCAUGAGCGGUGCUCUACCGGCGCAGCGAGACACGACCACCGGCAGUAGACUGUGA